AUGGCUGCAAUCCAGUCCCCAGAUCCUGAGCCAGGCUCUUCUGAAAUCAAUUCUAACACAGGAUGCCAGCAGGACAAGACUAUAAUCAGACUUGACAACAGCUCAACAGAGAUAAUCAACACAGACAUUGUUAAGCAAGCAGCAGCAGAUUUCUGGGAACAUGGAGAAUGGAUUAAGGAACAGUUCUGCAAGCAGCAUCAAAGAAACAAAUUUCUUGCUUGUAGCCCUAGUUCUUUCUGGGUGUUCCCAUCUCAGUUUGACGCAGAUGAUGCUGAAUAUUUUCUGGCAUUCUCCUUUGGAACACGCAGAAAGUGUCUCAGGCAAGUAGAUUGCCAAGUUGAAGACCUUCUAGAGCAUAUUGAAUGUGUGGAGAAAAGAGGCUACCAUGAUGAGCUUGGUGUUUGUACACCAGUUUGAAGCAUUCAGCAAUGCCUCCGCCAGAUGGGUUGACUGGGGGUGAGCCUUGUUUUUUGCGACUGUUGAAAGUGCAUACAUCUUGCUGUAUAUUUCUCCAGUGUAUUCAUCAUCCAAGUUAU